AUGGCUGCAAAUCCGACAUCGGAGCCGGUCGUAAAUCUCCCGGCGACGCAAUUUGAAUCUCAGGUUACAGAGCCGUUUGGGGUAACUCUUCUGGUUCGGCAUCUUCCUGAUGGAAUUCCUCAUGAUAUCGUCUCUCGGCUCUUUUCUCAGUACGGAGCUUCUGCUGUUCGUCCUUGCUCCGGUGGAAAAUUAAGGAAUGGUGCAUUUGUUGAUUUCAAGAAUGAAGCUUUUGCUUCUCAAGCACAUCGCCAGUUAAAUGGGCUGAGGUUUCUUGGUAAGGUUCUGCAAGUACAGAGAGCCAAUAAACCUAAUGAGAACAAGAAGUCUCGACAAAUCGAAGACUCUGUCACCAAGGGAAAUGCUUUCUCUACAGUGAGUAGCAACAAUGAUUCAAAAUCUGGGCAGAUGCUUUCUGGUGAACCGAUAGCUCCAAAACUCGGCAUAAACUAUCCUUUUCCUCCUCACCUGCAAUAUGCUUACCCACCACCCGAUGCAAAUAUAUUAGCCAACAUUACCAAUGCCCUUAUCGCUGUCCCACCGUUAUACACCCAGGUGCUGCAUCUCAUGAACAAAAUGAAUCUUCCACCUCCUUUUCGCCUGGCCCUGCCCACACCACCACUACCUAAAGCAGCCCCCCAACCAACUGAGUUGGAGCAUCAAUCUAGUAGCGAGUCAGAGAUGGAAUCUGAUGAGGAUACAGGUACAGCAAAAUCAGGAAGGCAGCGUGCUAGACAUGACACUCUUGUUGGUCCUGGUAUGGACAAGGAUGUGCAACAUGAGACUGUUGGAGUGAAACCCUCAUCUUUGACCCCAAAAGAGAUCCCUCGAAUAAAAAAGAAUAAACAUGUUAUGCAGAUCAAGAUUACCCAAAAAGUUGCUCAAGACGAAUAUAAAGAGGAUAGUGAGAAUGAAGUCCAUGCAGACGAGCCCAUAGAAGAAGAUUCAAAUUGGAAACCCUUUGCGACUUUAGAGGAGUUGGAGAAAGGAAGGUUACCUCUACAGGAUAUUCUUUCGCUGCCUAAGUUCAAGAACUACACAGCUGGGGAUCCGUCGCUUGUGCUGUAUAUUAAAAACCUUGCCAAAGAUGUUGUUGUUGAGGAUUUCUAUUACAUAUUUGGGUCACUAUUUGAAAGCAUCGAAGCAGCUAAAUCCAGUCUUGGCAUUAGGCUGAUGAAGGAAGGAAGGAUGAGAGAGCAAGCCUUUUUAACAUUUCCAUCUGUUGAAGUUGCACAUCGUGCUCUGAAUCUUGUAAAUGGUUUUGUGUUCAAAGGUAAACCAAUGAUAAUUCAGUUUAAGAGGGAUUCUGUAGCAGCUAAGCCAAACGAGUGA